AACCAAGAUCCAAUCUUUCGUGUGCAGAUCCUACCAGGUACCGGUACGGUCAAAAUCUACUACUGUACCAGGUACUAUCUCACAUCAUCCUUUAUCCAUCGAGCUGUGCAGAUCAUUGAUUGGCAGCCAGUACCAUACCAGCAGAGAGUUUAUUAAAAACAGAAAGCAAACAGCACCAUGUGGAGGACGACUCUAGUAGCAUCAUCAUUCUUCUGGUUAUCCUUGGUAUUAUUAGUAUCCGGGGAACCAAUGACGGAAUUUAAAUUGGAAGCUCGACCCGAAGGCAUCACCAGUGGUCCUGGUUCCACACUCUACGUGUCGCAAAUUUUAUCGGGCAGUGUAUUGGCCAUUGACGCCGAUACGGGCGAACAAACCACCGCCGUACCUCCCCAACCAGACGGUCGUCAAGCCUGGGGAUUGGCGUAUCAUGACGACAUGAUUUUGGUCGCCGGUGGAGGACCCAAUUUUGGAGGCGGCAUUCCGGAAGUUUAUGUGUAUGAUGCCACCACAGGAGAUCCCAUUGUCACCUGCGAACCCAUCUCGCUCAAUGAAACCGAUCAUGGCGCCUUUUUAAAUGAUAUUGCCGUCUUGGGGGAUGUCGCCUACAUUACCGAUUCCUUUGCCAAUACCAUCAUGGCACUCAAUCUGACACUCGUCAAACAACAAGGCAAUUGUACCGUCUGGGAAUUGUACUUGCCCGAUCCAUUCAUUCCACAAAAUCCAUCCGAUUGGGGCGCCAAUGGCAUUGUCGCCUACGAAUUUGACAAUGGCGUGUCGGGAUUGCUCGUGGCACACGAAAUACUCGGAUCGGUCUAUUCCGUCCAACGCAUUGAAGAUGAUGGAACUCCGCCGCAUUAUCAAGAAAUUAUUGGAGAACCCUCGUCGGAUAUUCCACCCGCAUUAGGGGCUGAUGGACUCCUCAUGGUUGACGGGACGUUGUUGUAUGUGACGCAAAAUACGGAAAAUCAAAUUGGAGUUUACAACUUGAGUGCACAAGCCACGGAUGGGGUCUUGUCCACGACACCAUUGGGUGUCUUGACGUCGCCCCUCUUUGAUACACCCGCCGUUUCAGCAGCGUAUGAUGGAUACAUUUUUUCCACCAAUUCGCGAUUCGUGGCGUUGCCAGAAAUUUCCGAGGAAGCCGAUGACAAUGUCGUGGGGGUCAAGAAUUUGUAUUGUUGUGGCAACACUGCAGUCGACGAAACAAUUACAGACGCACCUGCACCAGCAGCCACAACAGAAGCACCCAAUGAUGGAGGAGGUGGUGGAACUGACGCAACGGCCGCUCCCAGCGGCGCAGAUACAACAUCAGGUGCCAUUGGGUCGAUGCAACAACUUCAGGUUAUGUCGUUAUUGGGUUCCUUUUUUGGUCUCCUUCUUGCCCUACUUUUCUAA